UGGAAAUCCCGCAAUUAAUCCCUUUUUUUAUAUUUUAUUUUUUCCUCACUUUAUCUUCCCCUUUUUUUGCUUCUUUCGUAGUUUUUCUUCUGUACUUUAUUUUUGUUGUGUUUAGGGUUUCUGAAUUUGUCCUCCAUUCUUUUUCCCCUUACAUUCCAAUCUCUGUCGUCGCUUCCCGAUCCGCUCCAGUACACUAGCCGUUGUUUUCCCGCCACUUUCAAAGGUGAGGUCGGAGAAGUAAUGGCAGCGAUGAAUUCGUCGUCGGAGAAGAAGGAUGAGAGCUCGGAGGAGAAGGGAGGUGAGUUGUUGUUCUGUGGCGGUACCUCUUGGGAUAUCAUCGGACGACGCAAAGGUGGGCUCGAAGGCAACUUGGUCUCUCCCACUCGCCUAAGACCACUCGUCGGCAUCAACAUUCGAUUCGUCGCCUCUGGUUGCGCUUCGUGUCAUUGUGUGGCAUUGGACGUUGAAGGUCGUUGCUACACCUGGGGACGCAAUGAGAAAGGUCAAUUAGGUCAUGGAGAUAUGAUACAACGUGACAGGCCAACGGUUGUGUCAGGACUCUCGAAGUACAAAAUUGUGAAAGCAGGAGCAGGGAAGAACCAUACGGUAGUGGUUAGCGAUGACGGCAGGUCUUUUGCUUUUGGCUGGAAUAAGCAUGGACAGUUGGGUUUGGGCUCAGCCAAAAACGAAGUGGAAUCGUCGCCGCUUCCCUGUCUUGUUUCUGAUGAGGUCACAAACAUUGCCUGUGGGGGUGAUUUCACAGUGUGGUUAUCUUCUACUGAAGGAGCCUCUAUACUGACUGCCGGCCUCCCACAGUAUGGUCAACUUGGUCAUGGAACUGAUAAUGAGUUCAAUAUGAAGGAUAGUUCAGUUAGACUCGCCUACGAAGCUCAGCCACGUCCUAAAGCCAUAGCCUCUCUUGCAGGGGAAACAAUUGUCAAAGUUGCAUGUGGAACAAAUCAUACUGUGGCCGUGGAUAAGAAUGGAUAUGUUUACACAUGGGGCUAUGGUGGAUAUGGAAGGCUUGGACAUAGGGAGCAGAAAGAUGAAUGGUCUCCUCGCCGUAUUGAUGUGUUUCAGAGGAAUAAUGUUUUGCCUCCUAAUGCCAUUGUUUCUGCUGGCUCUGCAAACUCUGCUUGUACUGCUGGUGGAGGACAGUUAUAUAUGUGGGGAAAGAUUAAGAAUAAUGGUGAUGAUUGGAUGUACCCUAAACCUAUGAUGGAUUUAAGUGGUUGGAACUUGCGUUGGAUGGACUCAGGAAGCAUGCAUCAUUUUGUUGGUGCGGAUAGUUCUUGCAUUAGCUGGGGUCAUGCUCAGUAUGGAGAACUUGGUUAUGGCCCCAACGGUCAAAAAUCCUCUGCAGCGCCUAAAAAAGUGGAUUUACUCGAGGGAAUGCAUGUAAUGGGUGUGGCUUGCGGUUUUUGCCAUUCUAUGGUCAUAGUUGACAGAACCGAUAUCGCUGAUCGGCUUGAGCAGCUUGAGAUCUACGACGGGAAAGGGUCAUUAGAAGAGAGUGUAGAAGUCAAGGAGGAAACUCAGACACCAAAGCAACAACCUGCGAAAAGAGGUGCUUCCAAGAAGAGGAAAGCAUCAAAAGCUUCAUCCGAAUCUGAACAAGACAGUGAUGAAGAAAACAGCGACAAGGAGAAGGAAGCUCAAGGUAGUGACGCGGACAGCGACUACAGUGAAGAUGGAGAAGAAGCCAGUGGCAAAAAACAGAGCACUCGUGGCAGAGGACGUGGGCGUGGCCGUGGAGGACGUGGCCGCGGCGGCCGCACCAGUAAUGGAAAAGCUUCGCCGGUGAAGACCGGUGGAAAAAGAGGAAGGCCACGCAAGUCUUAGAAACUACUUUGACUCAGAAUUUUCGAUGUGGUUUUUUAUUUAACAGUUUUUGUUUCUCUCUUCACACAUUGAGGCUAAAAUUUUACUUUAUUUUUAUUUUUGUCAAACAUUUGUUUAAGCUUUAGCCCCCUAGAGAACUUUUAUCGGCUCAUGUAUUCUGAUGUAAACCACAUCGCAUGAUUUAUUUCUAGAGAAGACAUUUUCGACUUUGAACAAUUUUCUGAACUGAGGAGAAAACAUAAAAAAGUGGCACGGUUUUGUCCUCGA